AAGCUAUUCGAUUAUUUUAGUUACACGGUCAAUAUAACUAUUUCACAUCCCUAUCCCCAGACAACUAAUUAUCUCAUACAAUAUUCAAAAUAUUGAUUUUAUUCAAUAGUAAUUUCAAUAUGACUUAAAUAUUCGGAGAUUUUAAAUGAGAUCUUUCUAAAAGGCUCACGACGCCAUUCUUGCGAUCUUGUAGCAGGUAGUUGGAUCAUCGAAAUGGUUAUACAAAAGAAUUGGAAUAACGUUGAAGCGUCGCAUCAGAAUCCUACUCCCGAAAAUACUAUUCCAAGCAGCUCAUGGAACUUCCAGCCACCUGCAAGGACAAUAACUGUUCGUGCCAAUGAAACAGUCAAUAUGCAGAAACAACCCAUAACUCGUCAGAUUGCCAUUAACACUUUGGCGGCCAUGCAUAGAAGGUUCAGUCUGCCAGGCCCUGUGCAACCACAUUCAAGACCAAUAGCAGAAUUCCGAGCAAGUGCCAAUAAGUCAUUAGACAUGUUAAGGCAAACGAUUCAGUCGGCCGUAACCAGGGAAAUUGAUCAGGUCAUUAAAAAAUAUCUGGAGAAAUUCUUUGUACCUGCUGUAAAUAAUAUUAGACUCAAUCUAGGAGAUGAGUCAGUCAGUGAAGAUCAGGUCAGAGCUGUGUGCAGAGCUAUGUUGGAUGCUACUCGUCUGUUGUACAUGACUCCAUCUCGUCCUGUGGCCUCUCCUUAUGAGACCAGUGAUUCUGAAUCUAGCAACAGUACUGAAACAAAGUUUAAACCAAGCACUUUACAAAGUCCAUCUCAGAAUAAGCGUAAGGAGUCAGAAACAGACGUCGAUAUGAGUAUAAAGCGUAAGAAGAUAAAGGAAGAGAAUUUGGACAGCGGGUCUUCUUCCCCACUUCCCUCGCCAGCACUCAGAGAUCCGGAGAAAUGGAACCCAAACAGACUUACUCAGGAGACAUUGUUUAUUAUGGGCUCUCAUGCUCACAAGGUUUUGGGACUAGGCAAUUCACGAGGUCGUCUGUACACCAGACAUGCAGGUCUUCUCAGGUAUCCAGCUGAUAGUGCGGACAAGGAAUGGAUAGCCAGUCAUAAUCUUGUGAAUGCCGUGGGUGGAAAAACAUAUAUUAUGGUUUUGGAAGAUAUUGAAGAACUAGCAAACAGUGAAGCAUAUAAGCACAGCUCUUUGCCAAUGCUUGGGGAAUUGACAGGUUUCAAGGUCCCACCGUUCAUGUUGCGCAAGAUAAAAAUGUAUGUUCAAAAACGCGCAUUGAGUGGGGAUAAUGCUGACAGCCCGCAACCUAGUACUAGCUUGGAUGACAACAAAUUAGACGAAAUCAAAGUGGAACCGAUACAUGAUAGCUAUGAAAAUUUCAACGCGAGUCAAUAUAUAAACAAUGCAGACAACACUGAUAAUACAAGAGAUUUUUCGGGCAUACCAAAUCUUUCGAAUAUGAAAGAUGACACAGAUUUCGCUGAUAUAAAAGUCGAAGAUAUUGAUGAUAUAAAAGUAGACGGAAUAAAGGUUGAAGAUUUGGAUGAGAUAAAAGUUGAUGGGAUUAAAGUGGAGGAUUUAGAUGUUGAUAUAAAAGUGGAAAGUAUUGAUGAUAUUAAUGUGGACGGAAUCAAGGUUGAAGAUAUAAAGUUGGAGAAUGACGAUUUUCUUUGUAAGCAAAGUGACGAUGAAGAACAGAGUAAUUUAGUAGAUGGUUUGCUGGAGGCUGAUAUAGAGUUUCUGAGUCGAAACUUGGGGAAUAUUGAGAGUGAUGCAGACGCGAGGAAAACCAUUGAGAAGCUGACUGGCGCCAACCCCGAUACGCUUACAUUAGUUGGUGAUGAAUUUGAUUUGGGGUCUACUUUGAAUACAAAUAAUUUCUCGUCAAGCCCGACAACGAAGUGCAUAACAGUAGCGUCAACGACCAGCGGCAUGGUGCACGCUGUGCCGGUGUCGCAGCUGGCGCGCGCGCCCGGCACGCUGCACUACUACAGCGCCGCGCACCGCGCGCUGCAGCUGCCGCAGGCCACGCUCACCAUACAGGGGAUACCCAGCUCCGCCUCGCAGAUGAUACAGGGAAUCCCGAUCAACACGAAAACCGGAACAUUCAGCACGGUGAUGUCGCAAGGCACGGCCGGCACGAUCAUCGGCUUCGGCACUCGGACUUCCAACGCGACCAUCAUCGGCACCCCGCAGUACGUCAACGUCUCCUCCAAAUCAUUCCCUACCGGUAACAUCCUGCAUAACGCCAUCGUAUCCCGAAACCUACUCAAUCGCGCAAACCUUACAACGUCUUCAGGAGUCACCUUCAACGUCACAGCGGUAAGGCCUACCCUACACACGACGACACCCAAAAACAGCACGAUAGUCACGGCCAGUUCUGCCGACUUCGACAACAUAUCUACUACAAAAGAUAUGAUCGAUAACGCCUGUAAUUCAUCAGUUAUGUUGAAGAAAGUCCUCACUUUGGGCAGUUCAGGCGCUGCUAAGUCGUUCAUGAUGCAUAACACGCAGAAAGUUUUAUCGACAGGUUUCGCCAACGGUGUUACACCACCACCUAAUGUCACUAUAGUGAGUUCGGGCACUAAUGGUUUGCUCAAGAAUGCAAAUGUUGGCCUCGCGACGUCCAACAUUUUGAACCCAACAUCGGGCACAUUGAGCGCAACGCACGCGACGUUAUCCGCUUUAUUGGCUUCGAGCGAUGGCAGCAAUCAGCCAACAAAGAAUUAGAUUAUUAUAUUCCCUGAAAUUUUAAAUGUCGAUCUCUUAGCUUAGAUUUUAUUCUUGCAUCCAGUAGAUUAGUUAACUAGCCCUAGUUAUAAUGCUAAAAAGUGAAGCAUGUACCUUUAAAAUAUCGUAUGUAGACGCGUUAUUCAUUACACAAGUUUUUGAAAAAAUGAAUAUAUGGAUGGAACGUUUUCAUUAUGCGGAGGUUUAAUCGAUGCUUUAUAUUGCCAAAUAUAGUCCUAACUAUUUAGAAAAAAAAUACAAGUAUAUAAAUGGUAUCCUUAGGGAGUUAUAGAUAUUUUCUACAUCAAUGGAUAAAAUUAAAUUGGUUUCUGUGCAGCAGUUAGUGUAAACAUGUAAUACUAUUUUGAAGGUUAUAAAAACAUGACUGCCAUAUUCCAUAUAAAUAAAUAACGUGAAUUACCAUAUUUAACAUUGUUAUCGACUGUAAAAAUAGCUUUAUUAUAAACGUUCAAAUAUAAUUUUAUCCAUUGAAAGAAAUUCCUUUAUUUUAUUAGAUAGAUUCUGUAGCGACUCCUACGAAACAAAUAAGAGCAAUAACAAUUAAGUACAUAAUAUGAUAAAUUACUCAAAUGCUUAUCAUGAUCAUGUUGAUAACUGAAAUAAAGGCCGUGUUUGUGUUAUGACUACUCGUACCUAAGCAAUGGUUGAUCUCUAUGUUAUUACUGUGGGUUCGGCUUUUAGGCUUUCGUUACACGAAGCUCUUGGCUGCAACGCUCUUGAAUUUAACAAUGUGUGUGGUGUCCGCUACGUUCUGGGCUGUGGUGCUCUCGGUCUUAAAAUAAGUUUUUGUCUAAUAAAAACUUGAGUAAGUACUGUUGAAAAUAGAAGUGUUUCUGAUUUCAUAAAUUUAUAUUUCAUUUAAACUUGUUUUGUUUUUGAAAUUGUAGACUACCAUGACUGAUAUUAUUAAAAACUUGUCGUAAUAUCAAACUAUUUUAUUACUUAUUUUUUAGGGACUACAAUCUAUUGCACGCGAAUUUGAUAAUAUGUAAUUAUUUAUUUUCAUUUAACAUUUUUGCACUCAAUACUAAUCAAUCGAGAAGUUUCAAAAAAAAAAAAAAUUAAAACGAGGGCGUCGCGGCUAUGAGCCUAGCGGACAAACGAAUUUUAAAAUUUAAGAGUGUCGCGGGCAAGAGCUUCGCGGAUCAAGAGCCAGACCCAUUAAUGUAUUAUUAUAUUAUAAUACACCUAUGACACGUGACACUAAUGCAUAUUUUAAAGUCCUAUAAUGAGGGUUUUGAGAUGUCGACAACACCUAGACGUAACGUCCAAUGUCUCAUAUUUUACAGUUUCCCAGGUUAAUUCUGGUAAAUACUGGAGCCAGCACUCCCUUACUCAUAUAACUUAUGAUGCAACGUAAAUAUUAUAUUGCUAUCUACUACAUCGGUGGCCCGAUCUCUUUCUUAUGUAUUGCGAGAACUGUAUAUGUUACAUAUAUACAUUAUAUAUACAUAGGUAUAAUGUAUAGUCACCGUGUAGUUAUUCAUUCGCGCAAGAAGAAGAGGUUGGGCCACAUGAGAUAGCAACACAUUUACGUUGGAAUGUGGACUACACAGUAUCACCAUAACUCAUGGCUGGACUAGCGCAAACUUUUAGGGAAAAUAUAGUAAAAUCCCUCAUUGGGAUAAAUACAAGUAUUUUAUAGAAGUGUCGAAGUUACCUCAACUUAAAUUGUAAUAGCCUGAAAACUAUACUUGAUAAUCUUAUAGAAUAUAAAUUAAUAAAAAUAUAUUAUUAUCUAUUAAUCAAGCUUACGUAUUUAUAAGAUUAUAAUUAUUAAAAAAAACGAAGCUUGUAGUUGCCAUAGUACUUCUCAAAGAAAGCUGCCAAAUAUAAUUAAUGUAGACGAACAAGUGAACUAUUAUAUAAUGUGCAGUGUUGUGAAUUUUGAUGAAUACGUUUAAAUCUUCAAAGAAAGCAUCCUUUUCUCGAUCGUUAUUUAUUAGAACUAUUUUUGUAUAAAUUUUCAGGAUUUUUUAGAUUUUCAUUCUAUUGAAUGAAGUGUUGUUCGAAAUUGUUGCUUUGUUUUUUAAUAUUGUUUCAUCCGUUUGCUCAGAAUAUCUACUUUAUAGAUAUGAUAAUUAUAUUAAAUGCGUCUGUCUUAUCAUUUUAGUCAGAUUAUUUGUAAUUUUGACUUAGUUUAGACCAACGUACCGAACAUACCGAAUUAUUUUGUUUAUUGUUAAGUUGAAGGAGAAUUGUGAUUGUUUUUCACUGACGCUGAAGCUGAAGUGUUUUAUUUGUUAUAUGAGUGAAGGAAGCUUGCAAAAUGCCAAGGUAUCAAAGUGCUUGCAUAUGCUUGUAAAGAGUCCAUUUAAUUUCAAAAUUUGUUUGCUUUAUGACGUGCAAUGCUUAAAUCGAGGCUUUAAUUUCCGAAGUUGCAAUAUUUUUAUUUAUUUUUUGUUAGCUAGCUUUCGUGCAAUCUUAUUGUCGCUUGCAUUUUAGCGCUUAAUAUAGUCUGUUUCUGAAGCAAAUUGAAAAAAGGACAUAAGUAAUAAAGAAAAAUACGUACAAAGAGACGGUCAUUCCAAUUCGUCAUCCCUGGUUUUGGACGAAUGGGAAUUUUUGUAAAAAUAAUUCACUGUCUUCACAAUUUCCUUUAGUAUAAUUUUUUUUUACUUUACAAAAUAAAAAUUGGAUUGGGUCGUUGUCCUUUUAUUCUAUCUGAACUAGAAACAAACGACAGUCAAUAAUUUUUGAUAGCUUGUGCCAUUUUAUUUAUUUUUUGCGUAUUUUUUAUGUUGCCCUGUUUGAAAUAUUUUACUAGCACACGCGUUUUUUUAUUUAUACUUUGUAAUGUGUUCUGUUUCAAUCGUAGAUAAGUUUACACCCGACAUAAAUGUUUACCUAUUUCGAGUAUGAGUUGCACAUAUAAAUUUAUGUAAUUAUAAUUUGUUGUGUUAUAUGUGUUUUCAACUUCCAGCUUUGUCCUAAUUGUUGUGAGGUUUAGUUCUAUCGGAUCAUAGCCAGUGAUUUUACAAGUUAGUACAAAUGAUUCCCCAAUAGUUUGUAAUUUCAAUGCAGUACAAUAUUUUUAUAACGUUAUUUGAUGUUAUUUAUUAUUCCAUAAUUUAAGGUUUAAUAUUUGUUAGUAGAUUCUUGACUAUUCUGGCUGUGCAUGUUGAUAUUAAUUACUUCUAUGUAAAAUGUAAUCUUUAGUACUAAAUGUUAGCAGUAUGAUUGUCGUCGGAAGAAAAGGAUUGUAGAUAACUGAACUGUCUACCUAAAUUGUUUCAAAAAUUAAGAGUCGACAAAAAAUUACGUGUUAUUUAACUAAUUCUCAGAUUCUGAUUUUAAAAGGAAUUUGAUCUAACAAAUACUAUAUCACGAAGAUUGCUGAUUGUUUAAGUUAAAGGGUGAAACAUUAUGAAAAUGAAAAUAAUUAAGAGUUUGAUAUGGUUUAAUAUUCUGUCGCUAAGAUAUGCACAGUUAAUUGAAUUCUGGUCCUCUAAAGGGUAUUCGAUAAGUAGAACAUUGAAACUUUUGGAAAUGUCAGCAUUUUACAUAAUAAAUAAGGAAAUAACAAAACACGUUAAAUUUUAACCAAUAAUUGAUCAAUUUCGUUGAAUAUCUAUUUUUUAGGAAAGCUUUUGACUCUGAAAGAGUGACAUCACUCCUUCAUCACUGUUUUGUCUCGCUCUUCGUGAAAUAGCGUCUGUUUUAGUGUAAGUUUGUUAUCAUGAUGAAAGUGCAGGGAGUGACCUGAGCUAAUAACAGAUAGAUAAUAAACUAAGCAUUAAGAGUAGCAUGUGUACCACAUGCUACUCUCGCAUGUCUACUGUCGCAUGGUGGCACUAGUGUCAAUAUAAUAACUUUAGAUGAACAUGUUUAAGGCUAUUAUAUUACUGUAAAUUUCACGUUUUCUGUAAGAGUUUCCAGAGCUAAAAUAAUAAUGUAGAUUACUUUAACAUUUACGUGGCGAAAAUCUGAUUUCAAAAAAGAAACGAAUUAGGUGUUUUGAUAUUGUUUUCGUUCAAUAGCUCCCUGCGCUUGAUUAUGAUUACAUUAUCCUCUGUGGUUGUAUUUCUCAGUACCUGGAAGUGAAUCUCAUUGUAGUGUGUUGUUAUUUAUUAUACAUGUGUGACAAUUAAACUGUAAGACUGAUCUCA